UUUUUUUUUUUUUUUUUUUUAAUCCGUGAAGUUGAAUUUUUUGUGUUACCAACUCCGCAUUCAGCAUUUUUGUCUUUAGAAUUUAUUAUGUAAAUUCCUAUAUUCAAAGUUGCCCGAAUCCAUUUAAAAGAAGCUUAAAUGCAAAUUGGAGAGCCUUUGAUGACUAAAGGUAUAUUGGCUUUUCUGAUCCACUUUUGUUUGGACCAAAACCAGUAUUGUACAAAGUAUUAAGUAUAUAUUUUUCUAUUGCGUGUUUAAAUGGACGAGGGUGACUUUGGAUGAUAAGGAAGUCAGUUUAAUUUUAAAGCCAUGAUUAUUACUGGAUGAGUGAUUAAGAUUAAAAACCAUGGGUAAUUACCAUCAAUAAAACUAUAAAAAGAAUUGUUUUCUGUUUUUGCUCUUUUCAUACAGAACCCACAGUGUAUGUUAUUUAUUCGUUUAUAAUGAUUAUUAGCUUAAAUAGCUAAAUUUGAGGAAUCCUCAUCAAUGGUUGUUAUGUGUUUGUUACUAAACAAAUAUAAGGCAACAUGUCAUCAGAUUUUUAAGCUCUCAAGUUCUCUGUGUAAGGCCUCAAAAAUCCAGUAUUGGUUUGGCUUUAAUGUAGCUAGAAAAAUGUAUGUGUAUACACUCAUAUGCCAGUUUAUUAGGUACAGUAGCUAAAACUAUUGCAGUCUAAUACAACUGCCCUGAAAAAUGUACUGCCAUGUUAAAUGUUCAGUUUUUGUUGAAACUGUUGUUGAAAGGUUUUUUCAACUUUAUCGUCUUUUAGGUGGCUGUAGUUUGUGGUGCUACAGCAUCAUACUGAUUCUCAUAUUUAGGCUGUCCUCAUUGGUAUAAAUGGCAAACUUUUACAUUGAGAGGAGUCUUUUUUAUUUUAUUUUUUUUUUAGGUUUAGUUUUAAAUACUUGGAAACACACCACAGUCAAGUUCCCAGCAGCUCUGUGGUCUGGCUGUUGCAAUGAAUUGUUGAUUUUGUCCACUUCUGUUACUUAUUCACCGCAAGUUCACUAAUCUGCUUUUCUCAUGUCAGUUGGUUUCCCUCUAGAUUGGUUUAUGGUUUGCAAGUUCAUUUUUUGGGUCGUACUCCAAUAUUUUUUUUUUUAAGAUUAUGAGCAGUUUCUGGGGCGUCCUGGUAAUUAAAAUGUAUACCAUAUAACUGCAGUGUCCCUUGAUAAAUUCAUACCCCUUCCUUUCCUGCCCUCUAUUUCCUCUGCAUCUCUCUACGAUAUUUAAUAACAGCAAAAUGCCCCCAGAAAGUUGAAACUUGUGAUUUCACAUGACAUGACAAUACUAUAAUACAACAAUAAUUUGAUCUUUGUAGAAGUCAAAUUGUGAUAAUGUAGAUAUUUAUUAAGGACUUUAAUGCUUAAUGAAACAUAUGCAUGUAUUUAUAUAUAAACAGUAGUGUAUCCAUAGAAAAUACAUUGGGGUUCUAUGUUCUUAUUUAUGCAAAUGAGCUGUUUGUUGACAUGAUUCCAGGUUCUGAUGUCACAGUGUGCAUGUUCUAAAUGUUUGGUCCCCGGAAGAGAAAAGCUUCACUUUUCUUCUGUUCCUCGAGCUGAGAGCACGUUUAUCAGUACUUCUUACAUUUCUUCACUCAAUUUGUUUAAAAAAAACAAAAAUGUGGCAACAUCGUGCAUUUAAAGAGGACCAGGUCAGGUUCACUCUGCCAGUCCUGUCCACCAACAGCAGCCUGCUGACCAGCAGACCGCAGCUUCAGAGCAGCAAAGUGCUGAAACUCAACGAGGAAAUCGUCUGCACUCUGGGUGAAGAUGUUUCACGGAUCCCCUCUGCCACUCGUAGCACCAUGAGGCAUCUCAGCUCUCGGCAUACAGAGGUCAGCCAGUGGCAGGCCCAGAUAUCUGAAAGCAUUGGGCGUGUGAACCGGGAAAUCUCUGCUGUAGAGCUGGUGAAAAACACAGCUGAGUGCUACCUCCAGGAGAGGCAGCUGUACAGUCAGCUCAUGAGCAACUGUGUGGCGCUCCAAAAAAGUUUGAGCACAUCGGUCCUGACACAGGACCACAUCCUUAUUCAGCUCAAGAAAGAAGAGCAGCUUACCAGUGAGACCAGAGAGCUGCUCCAGAAGCAGAUCUGCAGCCUGCUCCACAAACUGAGCACUCUGAAGGAGAUCCGCACUCAGCUGCUGGCCGAUUUUCAGGACAAGGGUGAAGCCAUAAAGCUUACCACCAAAUGCAUCACCCAUGAGGUCAACACCCCAAGCUCCCAGCUCCCUGCCGGUCAAUACAAGCCCAACCAUGUGACCUAUGACAAGUGGCUGUCCCACUGCAGGGACCUGAGGCUGACGGCUGACAAUUUGAUUAAAGACUCUUCUACCUUAAGGGGAAACCUGCGGUUCACCAUAGCUAAUCUGAAAAAUGCCCAAGAGCGCCAGCGCCGCAGCACAGAAGACUGUCUGAGGAAGAAGAUCAAUGAGCUGAGCAGGGUCCAGGACAUGAUGAUCUGGGAGAGGCAGCAGAUAAAGGGUGAGAUUUCUGAUCUGACCAAUGACAUACAGAAAGUGACAGGUCAGAUCAGGAACUGUGACUCCAAGCUGCAUCAGGCCACCCACCGCCUGGACAUCCUCAACCAGAGACCAAGACAUGAGCUCUGCCUGGACCAGCCCCACUUCAGCCUCACACUGGAGAAAUAUGACCUGACAAAGAUGGCAGCCGAACUUCACCCAGUGCUGAAGCACUCCCAGCAGGAACUGGGACUCACACGCAGGCGCCUGAUGAUUCUGGAGGACAAACUGGCCAAAAAUGCUCAUACCCUGGAUGUGGAGCAGAAGUGCCAGAACCUUCACCAGAGUUUCCUGCCUACACUCGACACCAUUGUGGUCCUGGCCAACAAGCCACAGAUCCCCUCAACCAUGGGCCGCUCCAGCCCUCACGCCUACCUACAGUAGAGCUUGGUGGAGUGCAUUAGCACUCUAUUGCACCCCUGUUGUCUUUUCCAUGUGGUGUUACAAAAAUUAAUAAAAUAUCUCAUUGCAAACUAA